AUGCUGACGCAAGUUGCUGAGGGAUUUCGAGCAUGGUUCUCCGUCGAAGAGCCGCCUGGAGUAGCACCGGCAAGUCAGCCAAAGAAGCAGCUGGCGCCGGGGCUAGUGCAGUACGAAUACCAGGAGCUGGAAGCAUCGACGCAGAUUUUUGCUCACAGGCUAGGCUCCGGCGGCUCCCGUGCCGUGUACAGAGGGAAGCUGCGUGGAAGCGACGUUGCAGUCAAGGUCAUUGAGGAUGCGGGAGAGGGAGACAGUAUUCAGGAUGAGCUUCUCGCACUUAGCCGCCUCCGCCACCCGAAUCUGGCAGAACUGCAGGGAUGGGCCAUGCACGAGUGUAAGAGCUUCUUGGUCUUCGAGCUCCUGUCGGGUGGCAGCCUGCACCAGCGCCUUCAGAGCAAGGACUUCCUAUGGCAAGGACGGCUCAGCGCAGCGGCCCAGGCUGCGGAGGGGCUGUCCUACAUGAUGAAGCAGCGGGUCUUCCACCGUGACAUCCGCCCCAAGAACCUCCUCUUCGCAGGGACUGGUGACAGGGUCAAAUGGAUUUACGGCGACGACACUGCCAGUGCCGUGACGGAUGCUGGAACGGCGCAGCUUUCGGUGACGCGUGUCAGUGGAACCCCAGGGUAUGCUUGCCCAAACUACCUUGCUACACAGUGCGUGAGCGAGGACACAGAGGUGUACUCUUUCGGAACUCUCUUGCUGGAGCUUGCCAUCAACAAGCCUCCUGCUCUUGAGAAACCCACAGGUGAGAUUGUGUACCCGCUUCUGCAGAUCGUUCAGAACGUUCAUUCCGGGGCUUGCACGCGGGUUUGGGAGAACCAGGACCUGUCUGCGAGGUGGCCUUGUGAGGUGUUGAACCUUCUGGCAACUUUGGCACUGCGCUGCGUCGAUCCAACAUCCUUCGCGCGGCCAAGCUUCGCAGAGAUCGCCGAGGCCUUAUCGCAGCUCCUGCGAUCUUCGGCUCGAGGUCGUCGUGGGGAGGCUGCUCCGCCGCUGGAAGUUGUUCUGUCGUGCGUCCCUGGCAAGCUCCAGACUAAAGAGUUUCCGACGAAAGAGAUUCCUUCCCUCCGAUUCCAGGUGGACGAGGAUCGGGAGAUCACCAUAGGCAGGCAACACCAGCGGGAGUUCUUCGAGUGCUUCUUGCAGGAAGCUGCCUACAUCUCGAGGGCACAUUUCAAGCUCCUUGCAAGGCCCGGGUUGCCCCUCCAGAUCCAAAAGCUCUCAGCGAAUCCUUUGCACGUCGAUGGAGUUGCCAUCCAGCAAGGUUCACCUGUGAGUGUCCGCAGCGGUGCCACAUUGGGCUUCGGUCGUCCAGGAGCGCAAGAUGGGAGCUCCGUCCUGCUGCUGGUCACCCUACAGCAGGCAGCGCCGACUUUGCUGCGCACCCCGAGGCCGAAGCCCGCGGCCGCUGCGGUGACAGCCGUGCUCGAAUGCGUGAAGACCGCCUGUGUCGAAGUCCCUCUGCGAAGUCUGCCACGGGAGGCGAAGGAAAUCUCCCUUUCGCACGGUAUCACCGAGGUUGGCCGGCAGCAUCAAAGGAUCUUCGACAAGCUUCUCCAGGCCACCGAGUUCUUGUCAUUCAUCUCGCGCUGUCACCUCAGAGUAAAGAUCAUGGAGACCAAGGACUUGCUCCUGGAGGUUGAGAACCUCAGCGCCCACCAAGUCUUGGCAAACGGCAGGCGACUUCGGAAGAGUGAGGUCGGCAAGCUUUCGGUCGGCGGGUCCCUGGAAUUCAUGGGUUCGAAGGACGGAAGCCUCUUGGAAUUCAGACUGCGAAGAGCGCAGAUCAACGAUGGAGCACCGGCGGAUGUCAAGAAGGCGUAUCGAAAGGCUUGCCCGGGCCCGGAGGCUUUGAAGUGGCAUCCAGAUAAGAACCCUGACAACAAGGAGGAAGCCGAGAAAAAGUUCAAGGCCGUUGCAGAGGCGUACGAGGUCCUGUCUGAUUCCCAGAAAAGAGCAGCGUACGACCGUGGCGAGGCUUUUGAUGGAAGUGGCAUGGGCGGGUUCCACUCUGGAUUCAACGGGGAUGCUUUCAGUGUCUUUGAACAGUUCUUCGGUGGUCGCAAUCCAUUCGCCGAGAUGGAUCGGAUGUUCGAAGAGAUGCACAGGGGCUCCAGGUCUGGAUCUGGGUCCGGGCAUGCAAGAUCCAGCUUUGGAUCCUUCGACGACCCCUUCUUCUCGGGUGGCUUCGGUGGCGGUGGUGGUGGUGCAUCCUUCAGCUCUUUCAGCAGCUCCAUGGGCGGCGGGAGUGGAGGCAUGAUGACCAGCACGACGACAACCACCAGGAUUGUUAACGGGCAGAGGGUCACAGUCACCGAGAAGACUGUCCGCAAGCCGGAUGGUACGGUGGAGACCACAAGGAGCGAGUCCAAGGGGGAUGGAAAUGGCACAAGCGGUGCAGGAAUGCUUGGCUCCGGCUUCGAUAGCUUCUUUGGAGGUGGCGGUGGCAGGCAGCAACCUUUCGGCCUCGGAUGGUGA